GUGAGUCUGUUGGUAAAUAAUGCUGGAUAUGUCUACGGGAAAACUUUUAUGGAAUUACCCGAUUGUGAAAUUGAACAAACUUUUAAAGUAAAUAUUUUAUCACAUUAUUGGAUUACAAAAUCAUUUUUGAAAAAUAUGAUAAAAAAUAAUCAUGGUCACAUUGUGACAAUAGCAAGUGUUGCCGGACUUUUAGGAAUUUACAAUUGCACAGAUUAUUCUGCAACUAAAUUUGCCGCUAUUGGUUGCCACGAAAGUCUUUUUACCGAACUCAAAGUACAUGGACAUGAAGGAAUUCAUAUGACUUUAGUUUGUCCCUAUCUUAUUAAUACGGGAAUGUUCAAUGGAGUAAAACCUAGAAUGCUGCCGAUGCUUGAACCAGAAUAUGUUGCUGAAGAAGUGGUCGCGGGCGUAUUAGCAAACGAGGCGUUAAUAGUAUUACCUAACAUCUUAAGAUAUUUAUUGCCGUUUAAAGGGUAA